AUGUUAUUGGCUCUACCUUGUUUUCCUACCCUCGAAGAAAGUUUAGAGGAAUUGUUAAAGGCCCUCGAGAUAUGUAGCAUCUUUAUUUUAGUCAUCGUUUCAAGAUCUGAUCGCUUUGCUGAAGCGCACUUUAUCCCAGGUGCGGCUGGUGCAACGGGAGCAGCUGGAGCUGCCGGUGUUGGAGGUGAAGCUACUGGUGCAGCUGGAGAUGCCAGUGUUGGAGGUGAAGCUGCUGGUGCAGCUGGAACUGCCGGUGUUGGAGGUGAAGCUACUGGUGCAGCUGGAGAUGCCGGUGUUGGAGGUGGAGUUCCUGGUGCAGAUGGAGCUACCGGUGUUGGAGAUGGAGCUGGUGGUGUAGUAGCAGCACCGGAAGGUGAUGGAGGGGUUGGAAUGCCACCACCAUCUUGGGGGCCAUUUUGGCCCCCUCCAUUCUGGGGAUGGCAUGGUCAUCAUUUUUGGCAUCAUUAUCAUCAUCAUCAUCGUGACUAUGGGUAUCAUCACUAAGGUAAUAUGAUAAGAUUCCAGAAGAUUGAAGACUAGACUUUUGAACAGACUAUGACUUAUAUAUAAGACAGGAGAAACUGGUCAAUAA